AUGGUACUUCAGAGUGUGGUUGUGAUCCAUGAUGCAUCUAGAGAAAUCAAUUCCAAAGUUUUUCAUUGGGCUCCUAAUGGAUUAUCACUCAACUCAGGAGAUAACCUCACUCUAGUUGUAGUUCUUCACCAAGUUACCGCUCCUUUAUACUUAUGUGUCUCUUUUGAUUAUUUAUCAUCAAUUUUUCUUCUGGAAGUGGGAUACAAAAUUAGUGUUGACAAUAGAUUAGCAUUUGGAGCAAAUCAGAAUAUCAUUGAGGCAGAAGUUGCAAAAAAGAAGGAAGAGUAUAUGAAAAAUGAGGAGCUUGCUCAUAUUUAUAAACUGUAUAAAUCAAUGAAGAUUGGAUUUAAUAUAGAAAUAGCCAUGGGAUCUUCACCUAAGACUGUUGCAUUAAAAUCAGCCACAAAGUUAAAGGCUACUUGGUUGAUACUAGACAGGAAAAUGAAAAAUGAUGAGGAUUACUUCCUUCAUAAGCUUUCUUGUGGCAUAUCAAGAAUAAGGAGUUCCAAUAGAAUUAUACGUAUAAGAGGACCAAUAGACACUCCCCAACAACAAAGAAGAUCAUAUAGAAGUUCUGAAACAUAUGCUAGCAGUAUACAAUCACAUGACUUGUCAACUGAUUUAGACCUUUUAACCAUUGACAUUUUCUCCAAUAGUCAUGUAAACUAUCAAAUGUAUCAUGAUCAAGGACUGAGACAAAAGAUAGCCCUUGAAGAAAACAGACACAACGAGCAGAGGAGGGACUCAAAACAGAAACAAGAGUUCAAAGAGAACAAUAGCAAAAUGCAAGAACAUGAAAGUUUAACCUCAAAGGUGUAUCAGAAAAGUGACAGAUACUUGUACUCUGGUGGAGCUAGGAACUUUUUCCUUGGAGGGGCUGAAAAAUAUACAAUAUGUGAACAAUUUUUCAAAUUUGAGUAAUUUGCAUAUAGUAAAUUAAUUUCAAUCACUUCCUCCACUUGGGGGGAAAAAAGGCUUUUAAAAUUUAUUUUGU